AUGUCAUCUCCGGGCAUGGGCACCCCCAGUGACCCCCUUUUGGCCAGUCCAGGAGGGAGGUUAUCCGCAGCUCAGGAAGGUAUUUGGAGGAGCUCGCUUCCCAAAACUGCCAGCUUCCCAACGUCCACCACUCGGCACCUCAGUCACAGAGCCAACAACUUUCAAAGACAGCCAAAGCGUCGGAAGCUGAUAAGACCUUCGCCCCCUCCGCCGCCCAACACGCCCUGUCCCCUGGACCAGCUGGACCUCAGUGAGCUUCCUCCAAGGCGUACCUUUCAAGAGCUGCUCUUCAAUGGCUGCAUCCUGUUCGGUAUUGAGUUUAGCUACGCCAUGGAAACAGCUUAUGUGACUCCUGUGCUUCUACAGAUGGGCUUACCUGAUCAAUUCUACAGCUUGGUGUGGUUUAUCAGUCCCAUACUGGGGUUCCUCGUUCAGCCUCUCAUCGGAGCGUGGAGUGAUCGUUGUACAUCCCGGUUUGGGCGAAGGAGACCCUUUAUUUUUGCCUUGGCUAUAGGGGCUCUGGUCGGUCUAUCCCUGGUGCUGAACGGGCGGGACAUUGGAGGGGCACUGGCUGACACAGCAUCAAACCACAAAUGGGGAAUUGUCCUGACAGUGUGUGGCGUGGUUCUGAUGGACUUCAGUGCUGAUUCAGCAGACAACCCGAGCCAUGCCUACAUGAUGGAUGUGUGCAGCCCAGAGGACCAGGAUCGGGGGCUGAACAUCCAUGCGUUACUGGCAGGACUAGGAGGUGGAUUUGGCUACAUCGUGGGCGGCAUCAACUGGGACCAGACACAAUUUGGAAGGUCGAUGGGAGGUCAGCUGCGGGUCAUAUACAUGUUCACGAGUGUCACAUUGGUGAUCGCCACAGCAAUGACUCUGAUGAGCAUCCCCGAACGGCCCCUACCAAAGAGCCAGCCGAACAAGAACUCCAGCAAAAACCAUCUAAAAAGCCCCAGCCUCCCUCUUCCCCCCUCUCCCCCUGUUCCCCCAGGAUCAGCUUUGGGGCUGGAUGAGGAAGAUGAGGACGGUCUUUACAGCUACAAUUUCUCGACAAAGUCUCACCCGUAUAACUCUGACCCUCUGGCCCAUUCAUGCAGCGCCAAUGCACGCCUCUGUGCUGGCCUCACUAGCCCCAUAUCGCCCCUGAGCCCCCUCACACCAAAAUAUGGCAGCUUUAUUAGCAGGGACAGCUCGCUCACCGGCAUCAAUGAGUUUGCCUCCUCAUUAGGAACCUCCUAUAUAGACAGUGUGCUCAUAAACUGCUACACAGGCCAGCAGACACCACAGGCCUUGGCCUCCAACUCCACCACUGCGCCCCUGCCUCCAGGGGACUCCCCUCCUCCUGACGAGUCCACACAGGAGGCGGGGAGACAUCCUGAGGGACAGACCCAGGCUGAUGUGGUGUCUCAUCCUGCCGGGGAAGCUCAGGUUUCAGAGGCGCUACAGCCCGAGGGAGAUGCACAAUCUCACGGAGCAUCUCAGGUCACAGCUGGGGCGCAGCCUGGUGCGGGCUCACAUCGGGGCUCUUCUGCUGGCAUCCUGAAGCGACCCCAGAGCCUUGCCCUGAUCGAGGAGUCCAUGGCAACACAUGUUGUUGGGCUGGAGAAUGGACGCAGGAGAACGGUGACCUUCAGCCAGCAGGUUGCAAACAUUUUGCUGAAUGGGGUGCGCUAUGAGAGUGAUCUGAGUGAGAAUGUGGAGACAGGAGAAUCCCAAAUGUCAAUGAAGCUUCUGUGUAUAGCCAUCUACAGGAUGCCUCCCUCUCUGCGGAGUUUAUGCACUAAUCAUUUUUUGGGUUGGCUGUCUUUUGAAGGCAUGCUGCUCUUCUACACUGACUUCAUGGGGGAGGUUGUGUUUGAAGGUGACCCAAAGGCACCCCACGACUCCGAGGCUUACCAACGCUACAAUGCCGGUGUUAGCAUGGGCUGCUGGGGCAUGUGCAUCUAUGCAUUCAGUGCUGCUUUCUACUCAGCCAUAUUGGAGAAACUGGAGGAGCGUUUCUCUCUUCGCACUCUAUAUUUCUUUGCCUACCUGGCAUUUGGUUUGGGCACGGGCCUGGCCACACUAUCCACCAACCUCUACGUGGUACUUUCUCUCUGUGUCACCUAUGGGGUGCUCUUUUCCUCUCUAUGCACGCUGCCUUACUCUCUGCUGUGUGAAUACUACCAGAGCCCUCAGUUCUGUGGCUCGUCAGAGGAAGGGACCAGACGAGGGAUGGGGGUGGACAUCUCUCUGCUCAGCUGCCAGUAUUUCCUGGCUCAGAUCCUGGUCUCUGUGGCGAUGGGACCUCUGACCUCACUGGUGGGUGGGGCCCAGGGAGUGAUGUACUUUUCAAGCCUGAUGUCAUUCGUGGGCUGCCUGUACUCCUCUCUCUGCGUGGUGUACCAGCUGCCCCCCCCUGAGGGUGAGCCCCCCGAAAGCGAGACCCAGCCACUAUUGGUGCACAUUUAG